AUGACAUGUCGCAUGCAUGGAACAAUCAAAGAACGAUAUUCGAACAAUGAGGCUCUAGGUCUCGAUUCGGGCCGGCUCAACCCUAGUCAUGAAGCGCAUCUGGAACCGUCGAAGGAAGACGGGAGUCCCCCAGGAAAUGUAAGGUCCUCAGUCGAUAUGCCAGGUGACUUGAAGAACGCAUACUCAUUCAUCUAUGAGAUGUACUCCCCCAACAGAGCGAUCUUCAAUGUGCAUAAUGGUCAUGCCGGGUCACUUGUCUCUGCUGCGAAUCCUUCCCAGCCAUUACCAGCCACUCUUUCGUGGAAAAUGCAAUUUGACGGGAACCUCGGUGUUCUCAUGCAUGGAAUCGAUAAUCAAGCAUUUUCGAAGCCCUCAAAAUGGGACAUAUUGUUCUUUUUGGUGUUCCACUCAACGUGAUGGUGCGCAUCCUUAUUUUCCUUCUAUACAUUGCAUAUAUUGUCUACUGCCCAUGAUUAAUUCGAUUCCCUAUCUCAUUCGUGCAAGCACUUAGCCCUGACCAGGUGGUCCGCACCU